GCCGCCGCGGAGUGUUAUGAAGACAGUAUGGAGUUUCCUGACCACAGUAGACAUUUGCUACAGUGUCUGAGUGAGCAGAGACAUCAGGGUUUUCUUUGUGAUUGCACUGUUCUAGUAGGAGAUGCCCAGUUCCGAGCACACAGAGCUGUACUGGCUUCAUGCAGCAUGUAUUUCCACCUCUUUUACAAGGACCAGCUGGACAAAAGGGACAUUGUUCAUCUGAACAGCGACAUUGUUACAGCCCCAGCUUUCGCUCUCUUGCUUGAAUUCAUGUACGAAGGAAAGCUCCAGUUCAAAGACUUGCCCAUUGAAGACGUGCUAGCAGCUGCCAGUUAUCUCCACAUGUAUGACAUUGUCAAAGUCUGCAAAAAGAAGCUGAAAGAGAAAGCAACCACGGAGGCAGACAGUACAAAAAAGGAGGAAGACGCCUCAAGUUGUUCAGACAAAGUGGAGAGCCUCUCCGACGGCAGCAGCCACAUGCCAGGAGACUUGCCCAGUGAUGAAGACGACGGAGAAGAUGAAAAAUUGAACAUCCUGCCUAGCAAAAGGGACUUGGCGGCUGAGCCUGGGAACAUGUGGAUGAGAUUGCCCUCAGACUCAGCAGGCAUUCCCCAGACUGGCGGAGAGGCAGAGACGCACGCAGCAGCAGCUGGAAAAACAGUAGCCAGCCCCUGCAGCUCAACAGAGUCUUUGUCCCAGAGGUCUGUCACCUCCGUGAGGGAUUCAGCAGAUGUUGACUGCGUGCUGGACCUGUCUGUCAAGUCCAGCCUUUCAGGAGUUGAAAAUUUGAACAGUUCUUAUUUCUCUUCGCAGGACAUGCUUAGAAGCAGCCUGGUUCAGGUGAAGGUGGAGAAAGAGGCUUCCUGUGAUGAGAGUGAUGUUGGCACUAAUGACUAUGAUAUGGAACAUAGCACUGUGAAAGAAAGUGUGAGCACUAAUAACAGGGUACAGUACGAGCCGGCCCACCUGGCUCCAAUGAGGGAAGAUUCGGUCUUGAGGGAGCUAGAUAGAGAGGACAAGGCAAGUGAUGAUGAAAUGAUAACUCCAGAGAACGAGAGAGUCCAGGUGGAAGGAAACAUGGACAGCAGCUUGCUCCCUUACGUGUCAAACAUACUUAGCCCCGCUGGCCAAAUUUUCAUGUGUCCUCUCUGCAACAAGGUCUUUCCUAGCCCCCACAUCCUGCAGAUCCAUUUAAGCACGCACUUUCGAGAGCAGGACGGGAUCCGCAGCAAGCCUGCUACCGAUGUCAAUGUCCCAACCUGCUCGUUGUGUGGUAAGACUUUUUCUUGCAUGUACACCUUGAAACGUCAUGAGAGGACUCAUUCAGGUGAAAAGCCCUACACUUGCACCCAGUGUGGGAAGAGCUUCCAGUACUCCCACAACCUGAGCCGCCACGCAGUGGUUCACACGCGGGAGAAGCCUCAUGCUUGUAAGUGGUGUGAACGCAGGUUCACGCAGUCCGGAGACCUUUACAGACACAUUCGGAAGUUUCACUGUGAGUUGGUGAACUCAUUGUCUGUCAAAAGCGAAGCACUGAGCUUACCUACUGUCAGAGACUGGACCUUAGAAGAUAGCUCACAAGAACUUUGGAAAUAAAAUUUUUAUAUAUAUAAAUAAUAUAUAUAUAAAUCUAUAUAGUUGUGGUACAGUCUAAAAGCAAUCUUGUUUCCUUGAACUGAAAGUUUGGCUGUUAGCUUGUUUUUUGCACUUUAAGGCAGCAUGAAUAUUUCACUAAUUUAGCACUCCGAUAAAAAUGAACUGUAGAGGUAAUCCGACAAAGUAACAA